CUGGGAUUUGCAAUGCUAAUAAUAAAAUAGGAAAACAGAGAGGAAUAAAAAAAAUACUCUUGCACUCUUAUGUGCUUUAGGUUUCCACUGCAGUGCAUAGAAUGAUAGAACAUCAGUUGAGUAACUCGAAUAUUCUCUGCCUUUCCCAUUCCAUAAAUAUAAUCCCAACAUUCCUCAUUCAGGGGUACUCCUUUCGUCCCUGUUUUUCUUUUCUCCCUCAGUCGCUCCUGCUUCGUUACAGUAACGGGUUAUUACCGAUUGGGCAUUAUUCGGGUUUUCUCAGUCACCUCCCAGCCCCUUCCGACAGGAAACCCUAGCGCUUCUUUAACCCUUUAAAAGGCUUUCCUUUUCAGCUUUUUUGCAACUAUUAUUAUCAAGAGAGCGGAGGGAAGCAGUGUCAGAUUGUGAAAGAUGAGUUAUUGUAUAAAUUACAGCUGCGAGAAUGCAGUGUCUAAGCUAAUUUCUUCAUCAGCUUCGCCCCACUUCUUUGCGCAUUCUAAGUGUUGCUCGACCAAAUUGGAUGCUUUUCCUGAUUUUACCCGCUUUAGGGAAGUCAGAACGAAGAAGAAAGAAACACAUUUGGGCAUCCAGUCUCGGCCAUGGGUCCUGCAAUCGGGUAAACGGUUGAGUCCUGUUCGAUGUGAGCAGAGUGUGGAUGCUACAUGGGGCUCUUAUGAUCAAAAGGUGGGGAAGAGGACUGAUAUAAAAAAGAUCUUGAUACUAGGUGCAGGUCCUAUAGUGAUUGGUCAAGCUUGUGAGUUCGAUUAUUCCGGAACACAGGCGUGCAAGGCACUCAGGGAAGAAGGGUAUGAGGUGAUUCUGAUUAAUUCAAAUCCGGCCACUAUCAUGACUGAUCCAGAUAUGGCGGACAGGACAUACAUUGAGCCAAUGACCCCGGAGCUAGUUGAGCAAGUGCUUGAGAAAGAGAGGCCGGACGCUCUGCUGCCUACUAUGGGCGGGCAGACUGCCCUUAACCUUGCUGUGGCAUUGUCUGAGAGUGGGGCUCUUGAUAAGUAUGGUGUCGAGUUGAUUGGAGCAAAGCUUGAUGCAAUCAAGAAAGCAGAGGACAGAGAUCUUUUCAAGCAGGCAAUGAGGAAUAUUGGGCUGAAAACGCCUCCUUCCGGUAUUGGGACCACCCUUGAGGAGUGUCUCGAGAUUGCUAAUUCAAUUGGGGAGUUUCCAUUGAUUAUCCGGCCUGCAUUUACUUUGGGUGGGACCGGAGGAGGGAUUGCUUAUAACAGAGAUGAAUUUGAGGCCAUAUGUAAAUCAGGGAUUGCUGCUAGUGUGACAUCUCAGGUCUUAGUUGAGAAGUCUUUGUUGGGGUGGAAAGAAUAUGAACUUGAAGUAAUGAGGGAUUUGGCUGAUAAUGUGGUUAUUAUUUGUUCUAUUGAGAACAUUGACCCGAUGGGUGUGCAUACAGGGGAUUCUAUCACUGUGGCCCCUGCUCAGACAUUGACUGAUAAAGAGUAUCAGCGUCUCCGGGAUUACUCAAUUGCUAUAAUCAGGGAGAUUGGGGUUGAGUGUGGUGGUUCAAAUGUACAGUUUGCGGUUAAUCCUGAGGACGGAGAGGUAAUGGUGAUUGAAAUGAACCCCAGGGUUUCUAGAUCUUCGGCUUUAGCCUCAAAAGCUACAGGUUUCCCAAUUGCCAAAAUGGCUGCUAAGCUCUCUGUUGGGUACUCACUGGAUAUGAUUCCUAAUGAUAUCACGAAGAAGACGCCAGCUAGCUUUGAACCUUCCAUCGAUUAUGUCGUCACAAAGAUACCCAGGUUUGCUUUUGAGAAGUUUCCUGGAUCAGAACCAAUUCUGACAACUCAAAUGAAAUCCGUUGGUGAAUCCAUGGCUAUAGGCAGAACAUUCCAAGAAUCAUUUCAAAAAGCACUCCGGUCUUUAGAAUGUGGUCAUUCUGGGUGGGGUUGUGCAAAUGUUAAAGAGCUAAGCUGGGACUGGGAAAAGUUAAAGUACAGCCUUAGAGUCCCUAACCCUGAUCGCAUUCACGCCAUUUAUGCUGCCAUGAAAAGGGGAAUGACGGUUAACAACAUUCAUGAGGUCAGUUACAUUGAUAAGUGGUUCCUUUCACAACUUAAGGAGCUUGUUGAUAUUGAGCAAUAUCUUUUGGUUCACAAUUUGUCAACCUUGACAAAGGAAGAUUUGUGUGAGGUGAAAAAAAGGGGUUUUAGUGACAAACAGAUAGCCUUUGCAUUGAAAUCCACUGAGAAAGAAGUCCGCAUGAAGCGCCUUUCAUUUGGCAUCAAACCCGCGUAUAAGAGGGUUGAUACAUGUGCUGCAGAAUUUGAAGCUGAUACCCCUUAUAUGUACUCAACUUAUGACUUCGAGUGUGAAUCGGGUCCCACAGAGAGGAAAAAAGUUUUGAUAUUGGGCGGCGGACCGAACCGGAUUGGACAGGGAAUUGAGUUUGAUUACUGCUGCUGCCACACCUCUUUUGCUCUUCAGGAUGCUGGCUACGAAACAAUAAUGAUGAACUCAAACCCUGAGACAGUUUCUACAGAUUAUGACACUAGUGAUCGUCUCUACUUUGAACCUCUCACAGUUGAAGAUGUCCUCAAUGUAAUUGAUCUGGAAAGACCUGAUGGCAUCAUUGUACAGUUUGGUGGUCAGACCCCGCUGAAACUGUCCCUUCCAAUUGAGCAAUACUUGGGUGAAACCAAACUCGAGUCCAGAAGUGGGGCUGGCUAUGUUCGUAUAUGGGGCACCUCACCUGAUUCCAUAGAUGCUGCUGAGGAUAGGGAGAGGUUCAACAUCAUCUUAAAUGAAUUGAAGAUUGAACAGCCGAAAGGUGGCAUUGCCAAGAGCGAAAAAGACGCUCUUUCCAUCGCAGAAGAUAUUGAAUAUCCAGUUGUCGUGCGACCUUCCUAUGUCUUGGGCGGUCGGGCCAUGGAGAUUGUCUACAACAAUGAGAAGCUUGUGAAGUACCUCCAAAAUGCAGUUGAGGUAGAUCCAGAUCGACCGGUUUUGAUUGACAAGUAUUUGUCUGAUGCCAUAGAGAUUGAUGUUGAUGCUCUUGCUGACUCACACGGUAACGUGGUGAUCGGUGGAAUCAUGGAGCAUAUCGAGCAGGCCGGGAUCCACUCGGGGGACUCAGCUUGCAUGCUUCCUACCCAAACCGUCUCAUCAUCAUGCCUCGACACGAUCCGGUCGUGGACCACGAAAUUAGCAAAGAGGCUAAAAGUGGUUGGGCUGAUGAACUGCCAAUAUGCCAUCACGGCUUCGGGUGACGUUUUCUUGCUCGAGGCCAAUCCGCGGGCAUCGCGGACUGUUCCCUUUGUGUCCAAGUCGAUCGGGCACCCAUUGGCCAAAUACGCGUCGCUCGUGAUGUCCGGAAAAUCCCUACAUGACAUAAACUUCACCGAUGAGGUCAUCCCAAGGCAUGUGUCGGUCAAGGAGGCAGUCCUCCCGUUUGAGAAGUUCCAAGGGUGUGACGUGCUGCUGGGGCCCGAGAUGCGGAGCACGGGUGAGGUGAUGGGUAUACACGCCGAGCCGUCGAUUGCUUUUGCCAAGGCCCAGAUAGCAGCAGGCCAGAAGCUGCCACUCUCAGGGACUCUUUUCCUCAGCUUGAAUGACUUGACAAAGCCACACCUUGUCACCAUAGCUCGUGCUUUCCUGGAGGUCGGGUUCAAGUUGGUCGCGACUUGUGGGACCGCACACGUGCUCGAGUCGGAAGGGGUUCCAGUGGAAAGAGUGCUGAAGAUGCACGAGGGUAGGCCUCACGCAGGCGACUUGAUUGCCAAUGGGCAGAUUCAGUUGAGCGUGAUCACUAGCUCAGGGGACACACUGGACCAGAUUGAUGGGCGAAGGCUGAGGAGGAUGGCCCUUGCGUAUAAGAUUCCAGUGAUCACCACAGUUGCCGGGGCUUUGGCUUCCGCCCAGGCAAUUAAGAGCUUGAAAUCCAACAAGAUUGAGAUGUCUGCUCUUCAGGACUACUUCCACGUUCCUCAGGAGGAUGCAGAUAGUAGCGAUAAUCUGCUGCAGUCUUCUGCGGCCUCCUUUUCUUCAAGCCGCUGAUUAGACUAUUAUUAUUGUUAUUUUGUUAUUAAAUAAAGUCCAAUUCAUCUUUAUAUAUUUGAUGUUUUUGAUAUAUCUUUCAACACUCCAUUUCAUGCCGCACUAUUUUGGUUUCAUUGAUUUGGUAAUAAUUGAUGCAUCUUCCUAUGCUACCACUUAACCUGUUGCUUCUAUCUUUAUUUUUUGUAGACUAAUGGUUCAUAACUGUAAAUUAAUUAG